UUUCGGUUGAAUUUUCAGGUGAACAUCGAUCGACAUCCAGUACGUUUCUAUGUGCAUUGCCGGCCGCACGUUGAGUAUUUCUUGUCGGUGGUAAGUCAGUGGUUUGAUUUAGUCAUAUUCACGGCAUCUGUCGAGAUUUACGGCAGUUCGGUGGCUGAUAAACUCGACAAUGGCAGAGGUAUUCUGCAGCGACGAUACUUUAGGCAACAUUGUACCGUAGAAUAUGGUGGCUAUACGAAAAAUCUCUCAGCGAUACACGCUGAUUUAUCAUCAAUUUUUAUUCUCGAUAAUUCACCCGGUGCAUAUCGGAAAUUUCCUCGUUAG